GCUCAGAGAGAACUCUAGACUUGGUUCCAGUGGAAGAUGGGCCGGGCCUAGCCGGGGGAUAAAAAGGUUAUUCUCUGAAACCCGAUAACUGAAAAGGAAAGGCACCAAAUUCCUUCGACGCAGUUGAAUAAUUUUGAAACAACGCUAAUCUCUUCAGUAUUUCACCGCCGCGCCACUACGACCACCGCCAACACCAGCACGGCGGGGAGAGAGAACAAAACGGGAGAAGGAAGAAAUCCUUAAUAAAAGACAAAACCAGAAGCUCUCCGGCGGCUUCUUCCAACUAUGAUAAAACCCUAAAGUUAGAAUAAAAACCGCCCCCUCUGUCGCUGGAAGAACCAUUCGUUUCCCAGGCUUUCCUCAAUGGACCAACAACGUAUCUUUGCUUCUUCCCCCUGUUUCUGAUUCCUUCUCCCGCCGUGUUGACAAGCGUGUUCUCCAUUGUCAGGCAGCUUCCUUUGUAUCAUUAAUUGAAAGAGAAGAUGGGCAGCUCAUUUAAUUCCCAGAUUUUAGUGGAGAAGCUCGCCAAGCUCAAUAAUUCUCAAGCAAGCAUAGAGACUUUAUCCCAUUGGUGCAUAUUUCACAUGCAUAAAGCAAAACAUGUCGUUGAAACAUGGGCUAGACAAUUCCAUUCUGCUCCACGUGAGCAGCGAGUAGCUUUUCUGUAUCUUGCAAAUGAUAUACUACAAAAUAGUCGUCGAAAGGGCUCAGAGUUUGUUGGCGAAUUCUGGAAGGUUCUUCCAGAAGCUCUUCGUGAUACAAUAGAUCAUGGCGAUGAGUUUGGAAGAAAUGCUGCAAUGCGAUUGAUUGGAAUUUGGGAAGAACGUAAAGUUUUUGGUUCUAGGGGACAAGUUUUGAAGGAAGAGCUUCUUGGAAGACAGCUGGAAAGUAUUCGUAGGAAUGGAAAAAGUCUCGAUUUAAGUUUCAAACCAAAUCAGCCCAUUGAAAGAGCACUGGACAAGUUAGUUUCAGGUUACCAAGCUGUUUACAGUGGCCACGAUGAAGAUGCCGUACUUGGGAAAUGUAGUAGUUCAGUCGCUUAUUUUGAGAAAGUUGAGAAGGAAGUUGGUGACAGUAACUCAGGUCAAUUAGCUGGAUCUGCACUUAUGGAGGACGUGCAGGGCCAGUAUGCUGCUCUGCGGGAUAGCAUGAAGCAAUUGGUGGCCAUCGAAUCAUCCAGAGGAAGUCUCGUGUCUCAUCUUAGAGAGGCACUGCAAGAGCAGGAAACAAAGCUUGAAAACGUUCGGCAUCAACUUCAGGUAGCACGAUCCCUAUCAGACAAUGCUGAGAAGUUAAAUCAGCAGCUGCUCCAUUCUUCGAGCAACUCACAAUUAGUCUCCGAGCAGAACUCAAAAGAAGCCAGUAGUAACUCUGUUGCAGCAUCCCAAACCUUUGCCUCUGGAGACAGAGAACAAAGUGCUCCAUCAAUGUACACCACAAUGCAGUCCAACACCACCCCAGAGGACCCUAGAAAAUCAGCUGCAGCUGCCAUGGCUGCGAAACUAACCGCAUCAACAUCCUCGGCUCAAAUGCUGUCAUACGUUCUCUCCUCCUUGGCAUCUGAGGGCGUCAUUGGCACACAGCCCGAGAAGAGAGCUAGGCUUGAUAACAAUGAGCCUUACAUACCAGCGUCGCAGAAUCCUCAACAGCCUCCUUACCAGCCUGCUGCUGACAUCACCACCACUGCUCAGCAGUCAGUGCCCCCAAACAAUCCUCCACUGCCUUCGUCCCCACCGCCGAUGACGCCACUCCCACCGCCAACUUACUCGAUGCCGCCACCUCCCUACAUACCGAUCAACGGUGGAGGCCCUUAUGGUUAUGGACAGCCGCCGCCCCCUUCUCUACCUGGGUUUCCACCAGUUGGUGGUGGUGCUCCGUUGACUGGGAUGCCACCACCACCAUUUGGAAUGCUGCCACCGAAUUCGUACCAGUAUCAGGGGUCUGAAGGGAAUCGAUACGGGCAACAACAGUCGUCAAUCCCCAUGGGGCCUGUUUCAAGGCAGUAGAGUGGUAAUGGGUGGGUGACGCAUGGAAACAGAACAAGAGAGUCAUAAGCAGUCUGAGGUAACAGAACAAGAGAGAGCAUAAGUAGCAAGACAUGGUAACCAGUUGUUUUGGUCUUUAUGGUUCGUUUAACUCAAACUAGAAUGGGAAGAGAAGUAAAGGAAUUGGAGCAGUGGGUCUGACCACAUGCUGUCGGGUUUGCUAUUUGACCCCUUCUGUCUGACCGACCCGACCCAUUCCACUCAAAGCUGCUCCUAGGUCCUAGCCAAAAGCAGGCAGGGCGACGACAGUAUUAAGCUAGUACUGCUUAGCUUCACUCCCUUCACUUUCUCAUUUCCCUUUGAUGCAGAAAAGAGGAAUACUUUUUAACUCAAUACAUGUUAUUCGAUUGCAGUAUAUGGUUUUUAUUUGAGAAGACUAAAAAUAACUGAUGUAAUACUUAAGUUUUUUUAGG